GUAUACUUCAAAAUUAUCUUAAAUAUAAUCAACAGAAGGUUGCGGGUAGAGUUAUAUUUGCAAGCACAUCAUCACCGUAUGGCUACAAAAUUAGCACCUUAAAACACACUCGAUUUCCUGAUUCUAUGGCUAUAUAUAUUCAUCCAAAACUCGAUAAGGUUAGUUUUAUCACUGUAAUGCUCGAACUUCUUAAACCUUUUGUUGACCCUACGAAAAUUAAGUGUCUCAUAAUUGUGAUUAGUACUGAAGAAGAUAAAACGUUUGAUUUUAAAAUUAUAAAAGAAACUGCUGAAGCUUAUAGUGUAGGAUUAAAUAUCAUUGGAGGUUCUGCUCAUAAUAUUAUGUUGGACCUUACGUGGGAGAAUGCUGCUAGUGUUAUUUUCAAUAGAAUCCAUGAAAUAGUUGUAAACAAGGAAUAA